CCAAUACUGGUAGUCUGCGUAACAGUGCAAAUGUGUACCGGACAGUACCGGAAUGCAAACGUGCACACGAGACAGAAGAUUUAAUAUUUCAUGCUUGUUUUAUCGUAAUAUAGAAUCGAUUAUUGUUAGUGCACAGAUAAAAACAUGUUGCCACGAUUACCUGUACAUAUUGGACGAAAGUUGUUAAACAAAACUCUAAGCAUUCAGAAAAUAACGGAAUGCCAGUUCAGUCGCUUGGCGUGUAACUCAAUGAAAGGUCCUUUAAAAAAGGAUCUUUUAUUCAAUAUUCAUGAUAAUUCGAAAGUUUGCGGAUUCUGCCUCGUACGAUACGAAAGUACAGUUAAUACAACGGUGAAGGAAAGCAUAGCAAGAACAUCUAGUUCAAGUCCAGUAUCAAGUACACCAGCAUCGAGUACACCAGUAUCGAGUACACCAGUAUCGAGUACACCAGUAUCGAGUACACCAGUAUCGAGUACACCAGCAUCGAGUGCACCAGCAUCGAGUACACCAGCAUCGAGUGCACCAGCAUCGAGUUCACCAGUAUCAAGUACACCAACAUCAACUACUCCUGUCUCAAAUACAGCCUCAGAUUCAGCAACAUUGCAAACGCAAGAAGUAGCUGCUACUAGUACUGCUACACCAGCGCAGGAUCUCUUAAAUGAAAUACCAGAUCCACCUGUACCGAUACCUGAACAAAUAGUAGAAGCUAUUAAACUAAGUGCAAAUGGUGAACCUACGUUUGAGAGUUUAGGAUUAGGUGGGUGGGGCCCUGUUGGGCUUCUACAGUGGUAUUUUGAAUGGCUGCACGUAACCUUUGAUAUGCCAUGGUGGGCAGCAAUUGUAGCAACUUCGGUACUUAUAAAAAUUAUAACGUUUCCACUCACCUUGGAUGUGCAGAAGAACAAUGCUAAACUGCAGAACGUUUUACCACAAAUGGUCCAGAUACAGACCAAACUGACUGAGGCGAGGAAUGCUGGAAAUGUAGAAGAAGCCGCGUUAUAUGCUUAUGAAUUACAAACAUUGUUAAAGAAUAACGAGGUUAAAAUUAUGCCAACGUCGAAUUUUAUAAGGUUAGGCGUUCAUGUACCAAUAUUUAUUGCUUUAAGAGGAAUGACCAAUCUACCCGUGGAAAGUUUAAAACACGGUGGAAUAUAUUGGUUUACGGAUUUAACUGUACCUGAUCCGUAUUAUAUUUUACCCUUAUGCACUUCUGUAUCAAUGUUUUUUGUUGCCGAAUAUGCAAUGAAGAACGCGAGUUCAGCGAAAAUAUCUCCAAUACUAAAAUAUCUUAUGAGGGGAUUGCCUAUCAUUUCAUUCUUGUUUGGAAUGAGGUUUCCUGGCGCAGUUUUGUGCCAUUGGGUCACUUCGAACUUCAUAACCAUAGCACAAAAUGAAGCAUUGAAAAAAGAGAAAGUAAAAAAGUAUUUCAAUAUUCCGGCUUACAUAAAACAUCCGGAAAUGGUGACAUCUGAUAUCAACAAAAAGAAAUCCUUCUCCGAAUCAUUCAACGAUUCUUGGGCGAACAUGAAAUUGUCUAACAAGCUGGCGCAACAUGCACGCGCGGAUAGGAUACAAUUUAAUCGGGCUGGUAAAGGUCUGGUACAGAAGACAUACAAAUUCAACCCGAAAGCGACGACGAUGUCAGCAGUAAAAAAAUGACAUUCUCUGUAAAACAUUUUGUAGAUACAAUUUAUCUAUUUAAUUAGUUGUAAAAACCUUACUAUAAGAAUUCAGAGUUGAAUAAUAAAUGUCAACUUAUUUUUCAACAAUCAA